AUGCACGACAAAUUCUCCGGCUCUGAGGCGCCCAACAAAGUCAGGAUGAUGGUGUUCGAGACGGACGAACCGCAUCCUGACACCGAAAGAGAAAAGGGAUCAUUUGGACAAGUCUUCGACAAGUUGUUCAAGAUCGCUGGUGACAACCACGAUCCUCCGCUAGGCAUUGAGACGGCGAUGAAAUUCGUUGUAGAGCCAAAAGGUGGAAAGGUGCCCUCGGUGGAUGACCUGAAAGACGUACAUGCCAUCCUGAUUACGGGAAGUAUGUUCGACGCUCACGGUGACGACGAGUGGAUUUUGAAGCUCAUGAAGCUGUUACAAGAUCUCUGGCAACAUCGUCCCGACAUCCGCUUUUCAGGAGUCUGCUUUGGUCAUCAGAUCCUCUGUCGCAUGCUCGGAGCCAAGGUCGACACGGUACCUGGUGGCAAGUGGGAACUCUCGCACACCCAUCUCGACCUCAGUGACAUAGGAAAGCAACUUUUCAGAACAAACAACGAGAAGCUACGACUACAUCAGAUGCACCAGGACCACGUUGUAGAACCGCCUUCAUCAAAGUCCACUGAUCUGCUCAAGGACGACCAAAAAGUCCACGUUUGGGGAAGCUCGGAACACACAGCUGUCCAAGGAAUCUAUAUCAAAGACCGCCUAUUCACUUCUCAAGGUCAUCUAGGCUUUGAUGAAGACAUGGUCAAGCGACAAAUAGAGCUGCGUGUUGAGAGUGGUAGUCUCAAAGACCUAGACCACGCCGAGGCUGCAAAAGAGACAGCCGAUAUGGAACAUGACGGUGAGGUGGUUGCUGCAUCGAUUUUGCGUUUGUUCCACGGCGAUGACAACGAUAUUCCUUGA